UGGCUGCGCUCGUGAAUUUAGACAAUAACUUGUGAAAAAAGGUUUUGAUUAAAAGAAGAAACAAUAUGUUAACUCCAGUUUUUCAGUUAGACCAAAACAAUACAUUUGUUUAUUUCUGUAUUAAAGCCCCAUAUUGUAACAUUUCUGAAACAGAAAUAUUCGUAGAAAACAAUGAAUUUAAAUUUUUCUCAAAACCUUAUUUCUUACGAUUGAAUUUACCUGGCGAUCUUGUUGAAGAUGGGAGAGAGUCUGCCAAAUAUGAGGGCGAAAAAGGAGAAUUCAACAUUAAAUUCCCUAAAAAGAUUCCAGGAGAAGUGUUUGAAGGUUUAGAUCUUUUGACUAAGUUGUUAACCCCUAAAGGUGAAUUAUCUGCAAGCCAACCUCUUCUAGAAAUUAUAGGUUCGAAUCCUGAUGUUUUACCAAGUGAGUUAUUGGAAACUGAUGAAAUAGAUUGGUAUAUAGACCAGAAACCCUGUACAGACAACUCAAUCAUUGGACAAUAUUCCUAUGGCUUUGCUGAUAAAAAGUCACAAGUUUUUAAAAACCUUAGUCAAGAAUUAAAGUACAUUAUAGAUAUUAAGGAUCCUGAUGAUUUGUCCAAUGUUGAAAGAAUCAAAAAUUGUAGUCAACAAGAAGCUGACAAAUUCAAUGAAGAUCAUUAUUUAGCUGAUCUGUACCAAGAUGAGGUGGUUGUGGAACUUGUUAAAGUUAAACCAUAUUGGUCUGAUUUAAGUUAUCAAGAUAAGAUUAGUUUUAAUGACAAAGAAAGGGAACAAUUAUGUAAUUUACCUAAAAAAGAGUACUUAUUGGAUGAAAAUGACAUCAUGCCUGUUUAUUUAAGUUUAGUCGACAUUAUAUAUUCCUAUUGUUACAAUCAGCGUAUAACAGAGGGUGAAAAUAAUGUCGAAUCAGGAUGGAAUAUAUGUAAACUCAGUUCUACACUCUCCUGGUUUUGUUAUCAACCCAACAUUAAAGAAACUAUAAUAACGUGUUUGAGAAGAAGCCUAACAUUUCCUCUAUACCGAAACUGGAAAUUAGCAAUUGAUGUUUUAAAAGAUACUGAAAAAAUAUUUUCCCUUGGGAAACGUCAGAUUUUGAAAUGUUUAUUAGAUAUACAUUCAUUGUUCAUCGAUGAAGAUUCAAGAUAUAUUCUAAAUAAUUUAUAUAUUACUGAUUAUUGUGUUUGGAUACAGGUAGCUUCAGAUAAACUAAUUCAAUCACUUUCUUCCAGUCUUCAUCAGCUACACAUAACUAAAACAGAUGUUGGGCUUAACUUAGAAGACAUAGAAUCAGCAGCUAGACUAGUAAUGGAAGAAGAAAUAAGCUCUAAUUUGAAUAAUCUAACAGUUAAUGAUAGUGACGAUGAUGAUGAUGAAAGUGGUAGUGAGAGUUCAAGUGAGUCAGAUAGCGAGAGUGAUUCAAGCCAAAACCCAGAUAGUGAUAUUUGCACUCAGUUAUAGAUACUAUUCAUUAAUUUUAUCCAGAAGAGAUGUGUUGGCAUUAAUUCCCUUAAAAGCUAUCUCUAUCAAUCCUGUUCAUCUCAGUUAAAAAUAUAAAUUUGGUGUUUCAUGUGAGUUUUUAUUGAUAACAUCUAUAAUAAGAUUAUUACUUGAAGUGUUUUUGUACAUUGCACAAUCAUGAUCUAUUUAAUACUGAUGUUUGCCAGGUGAAUUAAUAAAUUCCCUUUAUAUUGAGA